CAGUCGAGCGUUGCCAGAUGGCGUGCUGGUCUCAUACAUACAAAAGUGCAUUGAAAAAACAAGGAAAAUAUGCCAGUUUUUAGCCUUUAAAGAAAUAUGUUCCAACGCUAGGAUUAGGUUAAUCUUGAUGGUGCAAUAGACAUUGAUGCCAAGUCGAUCUGCUUGCGGAAUGUCAACUUAUUCGGUUUGAUGAAAGUCUGCGCUUCGGGUGUGUGCAUGUGCGUAUGUGUGUGUCUCUUCUGAUUGGAGAAAAAUGAACUGACGAAGAACAACAAAAACAACGGCGCACAAGUUGUAGCUGUGCGAGAAAGGCAGCAAUUAAGUUUAAUUAAGAUAUCCAAUUGAAUGUGAGAAGGCUGAGCUGCUGGUGCUGCCCCCAAAAAGUGCAUUUAUCGACGCAAUCCCCAAUAUAUAGGAAGCUGCAACAGCAAAAGUAGACGACAUGCCACCGCUGAAAACCUACCAGAUACACCACGAAUACAAUGCGAACAACUUGCAAUGCAACGGCAACCCCAAUCCGAACGCGAAUGCAAAUUCGAAUCCGAAUCCCACCAACAGCGAUGCAGACUUUUUCAACUCCACGGGAUCGGCGGCGGCCACCCAACGCACAAAUCUGCCCUCCUACUGCAACGCCCAGUAUCCGUUCAAGGUCCUAUCCAAUCUUAACCAGCUGCGCGAGCAGUCCCGCUUCUGCGACGUGGAUAUCGUGGCCGGCGGGGCGACCCUCAGUGCCCACAGGGCGGUCCUGAGCGCGGCCAGUGCCUACUUUGAGGCCAUGUUCCGGCCCGAGCUGGGCUUAAACGAGGUCAAGCAGAAGUCGGUGGUGCUGCACACCAUUGAUGGCGACAUACUGCACAUUCUGCUGGACUUCAUAUACACGGGUCGCUGCGAAAUCACACAGUCCAAUGUCCAGGAACUGCUCGCCGCCGCCGACAUGUUGCAGCUAAACGAGGUGGUUGACGGCUGUUGCGAGUUCCUCUGCCGAGAGCUUCACGCCUCCAAUGCUCUGGGCAUUUUACGCUUCGCGGAGGCGCACAACUGCGAGUCGUUGGCCAAGAGUGCACUGAACUUUGUCCACGCCAAUUUUCCAGCGAUAACCUUGGAGGACGAGUUCCUGGAAACUCCCCAGACUCUGCUCUCACAGCUUUUGAACUCUGAGCUGCUCCGUGUGGACUCCGAGUCGCAGGUAUUCCAGGCGGCUCUGCGGUGGAUCAAGCAUGAUGUUACGCAGCGUCGCUGCUACGUUUUCGACAUCCUAUCACACGUACGCAUGGCGCUGGUGCCGGUAAAAGUGAUCGACAAGGCUCUUAAGGACGACUGCCGCGACAUGUCCGUGAAGAUAGCCCUUCGCUCGAUCUGCCGGGACAUUGCGUCCAAGCGGGGCCAGCUCGUGCCACUGCGGGUCUGUCCCCGCCAGCUGGCCAAGAAGAACAUCUAUAUCAUUGGCGGAUCCCAUAGGGACACGCCACGGACCUGGAACUCGGCCGAUUGUAUCUUCGAGACGGUGGCCAAGUUCGACAUAUUCCGACGCGAGUGGACAGAGACAGCCCCUAUGGAGGUGGGCCGUAUACUGCCCGGCGUAUCGGCCCUGAAUGGCAAGAUUUAUGUGGUGGGCGGCGAGCGCGGCUCCCAGAUUCUGGCCAAUGGUGAGGUCUAUGAUCCGCAAAACGAUGUCUGGCAACCGAUUGCCCCAAUGAUUGUGCCCCGCUGCGAGUUUGGGCUCUGCACCAUGGGCGGCAAUCUGUUUGCUGUUGGCGGUUGGAUCGGCGACGAUAUUGGCGGUUCAAUGGAGUGCUAUGAUCCAGAGCAGGAUCUCUGGAAAUUGAUUGGCAGCAUGCCGCAGCCUCGAUUCAGCAUGGGCGUGGUCAGCUUCGAGGGUCUGAUUUACAUUGUUGGUGGCUGCACCACAACAACGCGUCAUCUGCCGGAUUUAAUAAGCUACAAUCCCGUGACCAAAGAGUGGACUGAAUUGGCCCGCAUGCAAACGGCCCGUUGCCAAAUGGGCGUGGCCGUCCUGGAUCGCUACUUGUAUGUGGUGGGUGGCAGCAGUAUUAGCCAGGACAUUCUCAGCUCCGUGGAGCGAUACAGUUUCGACGAGGACAAGUGGUCCACCGUUUGUGCGUUAAACGUGCCGCGAGCCAUUCCUGCCGUCGCCGCAGCUGAUGGUCUUCUCUAUGUGGCUGGCGGGGAUCAGCCUUGCGAAGUCAACUUUUACCGAGCACAAGUGACCAUCAAUGCUGUCGAAUGCUAUGACCCCCUGUCGGACACCUGGAAGAAUUGCCCCGACCUGCCAGUUAGCCGCUCCGAGGCUGGGGCCGUGGUUGUCUAAGAAAAUCUCUAUCGUCGUCUUAAGCAUACCCACACAAGUAGGAACACUCUUUAACUUUAGCUCUAGGGCAUUGUAUACGUUACACAUCACGAAAUCUCUUCCCCUUUUUUCAAAAAAAAAAAAAAAAACAAAACUUGAACGUAGUGGUGGUCUCACGCCAAAGAUCGCGUUGUUACGGUUGAUGUUGUUUUGUGGAAGCACAUAGCGCAGCUAUUAACCAGUCGGUACCCACAUGCUAAUCUUAUUAGUAGAUAGUCACAAGGGAUUCCCACAGCCUCCAGCCUCAGAUUGUUCCGUAGUUGAAGUUGUUGUCCCUUAUGAAAGCGAAACCAAAACACCGAAAUCUAAGGAUUAUCGUAAUUGCUGAACAAUUAUUUGAAUCGAGUUUGUUUUGUUUUUAAAAUUCUGUUUGUUUCCCUUAAUUUAUUAAAAAAACGGAAUGAAAACGAAAAGCGUUACGAACCUGGUUUGAGGCGCCCUUGAGAAGAGCGUAUUGUAUGGAUUUGAAUGUACCAACAAAACCAAAUAAAAACAAUCAAAAAUAAACAAACUGUAUUAAAAAUAGGUGUAUUAUCGAAAUAAAUAUAGACUUAUUAACUAACAACUGUA